AUGGCAACUUUUGCAAGAGAGGUACGAAGUAUUUUUCGCCCUAAUCUUUUUAAGAAAAAAGUUGCUAUAGUGACUGGAGGCGCUACGGGGAUUGGGCACGCCAUAGUUUCAGAACUGUUGUAUCUCGGAUGCCAUGUAAUAAUUGCGUCCAGAAAGAUGGAACGUUUGCAGGCUGCUACAGAAAACUUCCGAAAGCAAAUUCCAGCCUCAAGUUGUUCUGAAAUAAAUUAUGUUAAAUGUAAUAUUCGUGAAGAAGAAGAGGUGAAGAACCUGAUUUCUACCACAUUGUCAAAAUAUGGAAAAUUGGAUUAUUUAAUAAAUAAUGGUGGCGGACAGUUCCUUAGCCCAGGUGAAAAUAUCACAUUAAAAGGAUGGAAGGCUGUUAUUGAGACCAACUUAACUGGUACUUUUCUUUGCUGUAGAGAAGCAUACAAUCAAUACAUGAAGGAAAAUAGUGGCGUUAUUGUCAAUAUAAUUGCAGAUAUGUGGAAAGGACUCCCAUUAAUGAGUCACACAGGUGCUGCUCGUGCGGGAGUUUAUAAUUUGACAAAAUCUCUGGCUGUGGAAUGGGCUGGAUCUGGUGUUCGAAUUAACUGUGUGGCUCCAGGCAUUAUCUACUCAGAAACAGCAGCUGCCAAUUACCAAGAAAAUAUCUUCCAGGCUCUCAUUCCACAGAUUCCUGCCAAGAGAUUGGGAAAACCUGAAGAGGUGUCAGCUGCUGUUUGUUUCUUGUUGUCACCUGCAGCAGCAUUUAUCACAGGUGAGACCAUCAAAGUUGACGGUGCCUCCAGUUUAUACGCUUCAAUGUUUCAUGUACCUGAGCACACACAGAUGCCUGCUUAUUCAUGGGAUGUUAAAGAGAACGAUGCUUUUGAGAAGCCUAAUCCAAUCGGAUGGACAAAUGAAAAUAUUUAUCGAAAUAUUUGGCCUCAAAGCCAAAUUUUAAGAAAGAGACUACUUCACCUGACCAGCAGGAUAUAUGAAGAAAGAAACGUUAUUUCUGGUUGA